AUGGAUUGCGAAGAGCUGAGUCGUAUCAUCAGCGAUAAUAGCGAGCAAGUGCAAGUCAUUGAUCUCAGAAUAGAGGACUUUCUAGCAGGUCACAUAAAAGGUGCUUGGCAAGUUCCUGUCAGAAAAGAUAUUACUGAUGAGCAACUUGGAAGUCUAUUAACAAAGUUGCAAAACGCUUUUCCUAACGAAAUACCUGUCACAGUAGUAUUUCAUUGUACUGCAUCAAAAAAUAGAGGUCCAAGAACCAAGCAGAGAUUUGAACAGUAUUGUGAAGCACUGGGUGUUAGUAGGAAAUUCCGAGCAUUUGUAUUGACUGGAGGAUACUAUGCUUGGGAAGAGUACUGUAAAUUGUCCGAAACUCCAAAUUGUUUAAUGCCAAAUAUAUCGACCAGUUAA